GCUCCAUCUCCUACUUUAUUUCACAUCGCAGAGCGAGGAGUGUAGAAGCUUCUGUGCGUUUACUCGUUCGAACUUUGGAACAACAAGGAAAUAACAAAGGAAAAGAUGAAAUUGAUUCUGUUUCUUGCAGCUGUGGCAGCUGUCUACUGCUCAGUGGACUCUAAAUACACUCCACCCAAGGUUCAGGUGUAUAGCCGUGACCCAGGAGAGUUUGGGAAGGAAAAUACACUGAUCUGCCAUGUGAGUAACUUCCACCCCCCUGACAUCACCAUCCAGCUGCUGAAAGAGGGAGACGAACUUCCUAAUGCACAGCAGACAGACCUGGCCUUCAAGCAGGACUGGCACUUCCAUCUGACCAAGAACGCUCCCUUCACCCCGGAGGCUGGACAAAACUACAAGUGCAGGGUCACUCACGGGACAACAACUAAGGACUACGCAUGGGAGCCGAACAUGUAACUGUCUGCGGAGGACCAUCUUGGAGAAAUCCCUGCUUUAUUUCACUGGUUUUUAAUGUUUUUAGUUUUCUGAAACAUGACGUCAUCACGUAAUUUUCUCUGUCCAGAGAAAUGCCAGAUGUUUUUUCCUCCGUAGAAUUUAUUCUUCACACCUUCAAAUAGCAAGAUCACAUUUUAUUCUGACUUUCAAAUGUUUCUAUUCCAAAAACCAUCAUCAAUACAAAAUCAAGAUCACACUGAUAUGUUAAAAUUCCACCUUGUAUCUUAUUAGGAAUAAAUGCAAGGGCUGCAGCCGAUUUAUUGACUUGUGAUUCAACAGUGUGCUUGUUUGAUUCCAUUGCUUGCCUUAAACAAUGAGUUUGUGUUUGUAAAGCCAAAAGUGUUUCUGUUUAAUCACUGUGUACCAUUUGCUUGCAUAUACAAGCUCAUAUUUUUUUUUUCCUUAGAUAGAAGGACUUCAACAGCUUUGUGCAACUAAAUGAGUGGUCAAAAUGGUGAAUGGUCUUAUUAAUCAUACAUGACUUAGAUAUUGACUCUGGACUUGCCAGAAGUGUUUUCUCUAUUCCUGAUUUGUUAUUUAAGAUGCUUGUCUUUACCUUCUACUGAAUAAAUGGUUCUUAAAAUUA